AUGUUGAUGGCAAUUCUAUCAGUAUAUGUUAGAUGGUUAUUGGGUCUGGUAUUAACUACGGUACUCUUGAUAGUUUGUGGAUAUGGUUGGGGACCAUUGCCUCAUUUAUAUAUUAAACUUGUAAAACUUGUACAAAGUUUUUAUCCACAUAAUUAUCCGCAAGUUGAUGAUGAUGCAUUCUGGCCAGCAAUUAUUAAACAAUGUGAUAAGUCAUUGCUUCGAAAACAUUCUAAUGAUGCAUUCUCUUCAUUUCAUUUCAGUGAAAUUCCAAUAUUAAAUGCAUUUAAUGUUUGCUUGGAUGCAUUCAAGGCAGGCUUUGAAGCAAUUAUUCAGGAUCAAUUGAGUGUUGCAUUCGAUCCAGCUCCAUCAUUUUAUAACACAUUACUGGAACGUCCUGAUCGAUUACCAGUUCCGGAUGCAGAACAUCCCAUUUCACAACGACAUAUUUUUGGUUAUUUUGUCGCAUUGGCAUUUCGCUAUGGUGUUCUGUUACCGAUACGGUUGUGUUUAAUAUUUAUUUCGCUCGUUUUCUGGAUAAAUGCAAUCGUCGUUGACUAUUUCAUGAACAUGACUAAUGAACAGAAACUACGUAUUACUUUAAUGAAUUGUCGAUUAUUUUGCGCUGCAAUUGGCCUUGUAGCAAAGUAUCAUAAUCGCGAAUAUAGGCCUAAACAAGGAGGUAUUGCAGUGACGAAUCAUUUAUCACCAAAUGACGUGCAGGUAAUUUAUGCAGACAUUGAUCCCAGUGACGGUUGCGGUUUUACAAUAACCGGUCAACGUCAAACUGGUAUUAUUCGGUUUAUUGAAACUAUUGCUGAAAAAAUUAUUCCAGCAUUGUGGCUCGAUCGAAAUAGUGCCACAGAUCGCAAACGUUUUAUGGAUGAAGUACUCCGAGAAGCGAAGGCCAAUCGUCCAGUAUUGUUGUUUCCUGAAGGCUCUUGCACGAAUAACACACGUGUUUUGCAGUUUCGAAAAGCUAUUUUCGAAGAUAGUGUUGCUAUUUACCCUAUUGCAAUAAGGCAAGAUGCACGUUUUGGAGAUUCUUUUUGGUCAGAACCAAAAUUUUGGCGAUAUUUAUUACGUGUAUUUACAUCAUGGGCAAUAGUUUAUGAUGUUACUUACUUGGAGCCGUACCAUAAACGACCUGGUGAAACCAAUCAAAACUUUGCACAACGAGUCCAAAAAGCUAUAGCUAAAACCGCGGACGUCGAAAGUAUCGCAUUAGAUUAUCGCUUAUGGUCAGCUGAAAUGAAAUCAUCAAAAUCAUGGUAUCAAAUUAUCAUCAUGUUAUCAACAGUUUCAACUAGUAGAGUUUCACUGACGUGA